AUGCCGCUCAACUACUCCAAAUGGGACAACCUCGAGCUGUCGGACGACUCAGACAUCGAGGUCCAUCCCAACAUUGACAAGAAGUCGUUCAUUCGAUGGAAGCAGCGCGACAUUCAUGAGAAGCGCGAGGAGCGCAAAGCCGAGAAGGAUGCGCUGCGGGCAGAGAUCGAUAUCAACAAUGCUCUGGCGCCGAGGCUGGACGAGUUUGUGCAGCACACCAAGAAGGAGGGAUCUUCGUACUACUCGAGGGAGGUGGCGAAGCUCAGCGCGGGUCGGCAGGAGAGGGGCAACAAGGACGGUCCCAAUGGCCCUACUACUGACGACAUGAUCCUCAGUCUGCUUCUGCAGAUCCAACAGCAGGACAAUGUCAAGGGCAAGAGCGGAGAUGAUCUCGACCAGAUGCUCGUGAAGGAGCUCGAAGGACACAGACAGAAGCUCGACGCAAGGCAGACACAGAUCAACUUCGAGUUGGAGCAGAUGAUGAAGGAAGACUCGAAGAAGAUCACGAGCGAUGGCAUCAAGGAAGGGUGGAACUCGGGCUAUGUCGCCAAAGCAGAGCCCGAGCCGCAGCCCAAGGCGACGGCAUCCAAAGGCAAGGGCAAAGCAGAGACCGUCAUCGAGACGCUCAACACCCCUUCUGCUUCCACGGCUGCACAGCCAUCCUCCUCCAGCAAGGCGGACGAUGAUGACGAUGACGACGAUGAAGAGAACAUCGCGGAAGCCGACGACAUUCAGCGCGAGUUUGCCAAUCUGCCCAGCUGCGUCCCAUCCUCCAUCCCGCUCUCCGCCUCGGCCCUGCCCUCCAACUUCGACUUUGCCAAGUCGCUCAACAUUGCGGCCUUUGAGACGGCACUCCAAUACCUUUCCAAGCACAAAUCUCUCCUCGCCCCCUCCAACAACACGACCGACUCGCUCCUCCUCGAAGCUUUCAACUCGCAGAUGGCCGGCAAGUCCGCCCUGGCACGUCGCUGCGUGGAGAAGGCGCUCAUGAUCCAGUACUGCAACAAGCUGGGUCCGGACGGAGUCAACCUAUUCUUCCGCCGCAUGGUAGGCUCCAAGGACGGCCGAGCGAGCGUCGUCUACCUCAACGACGUGCUGGCCACCUUUGCACGCAUCAGGGAUCGCUCCAAGGCGCUCUCGGAGCAGCAGAGCGCUGCUGGCGAGGAACAGAUCCAGCUCGUCGCAGAAGACGAGAACACCGUCAUCGGAUUCGACAUCCCCGACGGCCCCCCGCCCGACGUCAUCGAGCUUGAGGGCGAGGCAAAGGAGACGUUGGACCCACAACAGGUCAAGGAAUGGCUCCAGAAGAGGUGGGACAUCUUCCAGGGCUUCCCGCAGGACUUCAGGGACGCGCUGCAGACCAAGGAGCUGGCGAAGGUCAAUGAGGUGUUGGGCAAGAUGAAGGUGGAUCAGGCGGAGGAGGUCGUGGGGCUGCUGGACCAGGCUGGCAUCUUGAACUUCUCGAGCGCCGAGGCGCGGGAUGAGACUGGCAAGUGA